CAAUAACUCGGGCACUUGCUUUGCCCACAAACCUGCCUUUAUUUCAGUGCUUUUAACCCAACUCACUCUGACCCCAUCAAUCAUCCGCACCGCACCACCCCACAGUUUUCAUCUUUCUCUCCUUCUUCUUCCUCCUCUCUCCUUCCCCAAUUCCAGUUUUGGGUGUCUAGAAAUGGAGUACUGCAUCGAAGCAAAGGCCUUGAAAUCGAGUCUGCGCAGAGAACUGGCCGUGAAGUCGACCCAGCAUGUUUUGUUGGAGGAGCUUUGGUGUGCUACUGGAAUUUCCGGUGUGCCCUGUGAGGAUUUUUCAGUGGACGACCUUCUUGACCUCUCCAAUGGUGAAUUCGAAGACGGGUCCGUUGAAGAAGAAGAAGAAGAAAAAGAGUCAGUUUCCGUGGAUGAUGAAAUUUCUAAUUCAAGCAGUUUGGUCUUGCCCGACUCUGACUCUGGUCUGGCAACCCAACUCUUGGUUCCGGACGAUGAUUUAGCAGAGCUUGAAUGGGUUUCCCAUUUUGUGGACGAUUCUCUACCGGACCUCUCUCUGUUCCACACAAUUGGUACCCAAAAACCAGAAGCUCUUCUUAUGAACCGGUUUGAACCGGAACCCAAACCGGUUCCAUUAAGAGCUCCGUUGUUUCCUUUUCAAGUUCCAGUCAAACCCAGAACCAAGCGUUACAAACCGGCUAGCCGGGUUUGGUCCUCCUCCUCUUCAUGUUCACCAUCAUCAUCGCCUUGUUCUUCCGGGUUUUCAUUUUCAACUCCUUGUCUUAUCUUCAACCCGGUUCAAAGCAUGGACGUGUUUGUUGGUGAACCGGCGGCUAAGAAACAAAAGAAAAAACCGGCGGUCCAAACAGGGGAGGGUUCAAUUGGGGGACAGUUUCAGCGGAGGUGUAGUCAUUGCCAAGUACAGAAGACUCCGCAAUGGAGAACCGGUCCACUUGGUCCUAAAACAUUGUGUAACGCAUGCGGCGUCCGGUUCAAGUCUGGCCGGCUUUUUCCGGAGUAUAGGCCGGCUUGUAGUCCUACUUUCUCUGGUGCUGUCCACUCGAAUAGUCACCGUAAAGUGUUGGAGAUGAGGAAGAGGAAAGAUGUUGGCGAGCCCGAACCGCUGUUGAACCGAAUGAUUCGGAGUUUUUGACGGGUGAAAUUUAGAGAAUAGUGCACUUGAACCGGCUUGAAUGGAAUGGACUCAAUUGUGUUGUGCAUGGUUGUAAUAGUAGUGGUAGUAGUACUAGUAAUAGUGAGAAAUUGUUUAUUGUAACCAGAACACGGAUGGUAUACCACGUGUUUUUAUAUAAGUGAUGGAAAAUUUUAUUUUUUAAGUUAUUAACUUUUUAACACAUAUAUCACACCAUUUGUAUAAUAACACGUGGUGUACCACCUAUGUUCCGGUCAUACCAAAAAAUCUCUCUAGUUGUAGUAGGAUUUUAGGAAGGUUUUAGAAUUUAGCAAUAGUUUUAGGCUUUAGGUUUUCAUUCUUGUAUUAUCAAUUUGUAUUUAGGAUGGUGCUAUAUUUUUAUUUC